GGAGGCGAGACCGGAGGCGGGCGGGGGCGGAGGCGGCUGCGGGCGGCGGGCGAGGAGCGGAGGCCGGCGGUGGGCGGGGGCGGAGGCGCCGACGACCUCCGCCAUCCCGGCGGCCUCGCCGUCGCUUCUCGUCCGCCUCGACUGGAACAUGACAGGAGCAACUGCCUCGGCUCCGGCCACGGUUGGGUCACCGUUGGGGAGGUGGGGAUGGUGCGGUGGAGAUUGGGGGAGGGGACGGCGACACGUAGAGGAGGGGGUCGAUGACGGCGGCGGGCAAGGUCGGAGGCCGCGCGGUCGACGCGCUCCGCCUCCGCCUCCACCGUCAGUCGCUCGAGCUCGCCGCCUCCACCGCGACCACCUGAGCUCGCUCCACCGCUUGCUCUGCCGCCGCCGGUGGCUUCCCAAGCUCGCUCCGCCUCCACCGCCGCUCGAGCUCGCUCCGUCUUGCCGCCCACACGAACAAGGUCCACCUCCGUCGCCGGGCGGGCCAGCUGAGAGAGAACCUCCGUCGCCGGCCAGAGUGCGCGCGCGUGCAAGGGGAGUUGGAGGGAUACGUAUGACAUGUGGGCCCAGAGAAUAUUUUUUAUUUUCUUUGCUAACUAUAUUGCCAUGUUUGGCGCCACUGUACAAAUUCAACACUAAACCGCUAAGAACAGUGCUCAAGGGAUUAUUUAUCCGCAAUGUUCGUGGACGAUAAGGAUAUGAGCGCGGUGACAAUAAAAGCCGAGGAGGACCCACGAACAGUCGACAAGAUACUGUAUGUGCAGCCACCUGCGAAUUUGUGCUCUCUCAAUCAGCUCGUCUCCGUGUUGGAGAAGAAGAUCGGCAGGGACCUCGAGAAAUGCUACGUGCCCGAGGAAGAGCUUGCAAUAAAAAUCGAAGCAUCCCCGUUCCCGCUCAACUUUCAGUUGGCCAUAGUGCACUCGGCGUUGCUGCCCGGGGUGGCGUCGUGCGGGCAGACCGCCGUCCGCGUCGAGGCGACGGAGCUGUACCCGGACAUGGAGUACGUCACCGUCGAGGAGUACUUCGACAGCCUGAUAUGAUCUGACGAUACUAUUCAUCAGCUGGUCGAGCCGAUCAGAUUCGUAUGCUGCAUGUUAAUUACUCCCAUUUCAAAAUGUUUGACACCGUUGACUUUUUAAGUAUAUUUUUUACCGUUCGUCU